GCUUUUCAUGGCCAUGGCUAUAUGUCUAACCAUAAACCCAUAACCUCAUUCAGUGGGAAAGUUUAAGAAUUGGCUAAAAGGGCUUCAUGCCCUUCCCUUUUGGCUUUCUGGGUUAGAAAGUUUUGUGGGUACAGACUGAUUCAGAGAGAAAGUGAGAGAAAGAGAGAGAUGUUGGAGGAUGGAAGGCUGGUAGUGCUGUUCAUCAGCAUCUGUGUUCUGGGUUUAAUCCCCAUUGCCAUCAAUGGCGACACGGAUCCAAGUGAUGCUGCUGCUCUAAGGGUAAUGUUUGGCAGCAUGAAUUCACCAUCCCAGCUAGGUUGGCCUGCAAGUGGUGAUGAUGCAUGUGGACAGCACUGGAAGGGCAUUAGUUGCUCAGGCAACCGAGUCACAGAGAUCAAGUUACCUGGCCUUGGACUAACGGGAACACUAGGCUACCAGUUACAAACCUUGACAUCUGUGAUCAACCUGGACAUGAGUAAUAAUAAUCUUGGAGGCACCAUACCAUAUCAACUUCCUCCAAAUGUGCAGCGAUUAAACCUUGCUAACAACAACUUCACUGGGGAAGUAGCUUAUUCUAUUUCUGAUAUGACUUCUCUUACAUACCUAAAUCUUGGUCACAAUCAACUCCAGGGCGCACUGAGUGUCAACUUUCAAAAGCUUUCUUCACUCUCCACAUUGGAUCUCUCUUUCAAUUCUCUGUCAGGUGACCUUCCUCAGAGUUGCACCUCACUUUCAAGCAUCACCACCAUGUAUUUGCAAAAUAACCAGUUUACAGGCACCAUUGAUAUCCUUGCUGGUCUGCCUCUUCAAAAUCUGAAUGUGCAAAACAAUCAUUUUACAGGUUGGAUACCAGAUCAAUUGAAAAACAUAAACCUACAGAAGGAUGGCAAUGCAUGGAGCUCAGGCCCUGCACCCCCACCCCCACCUGGGACACCUCCUGCGACUAGCAGCACACGGACUCACAAAACUGGUGGGGGCAGUGGAAGAAACACCCCAUCAAAUGCUGAUACCAGUGACAACGAUAAAAAAUCUGGUAUAGGAGGUGGUGGCAUUGCAGGAAUAGUGAUCUCCAUUUUAAUUGUUGGAGCAAUAGUAGCAUUCUUUCUGAUGAAGAGGAGAUCCAGGAAGCCAUCUGCAGAUAUAGAAAAUGUUGACAAUCAGCCUUUUGCUCCUCUUGCAUCAAAUGAAGUGCAUGAAUUGAAGUCAGUGCAAACAUCCUCUAUACCUGACACAAAGACUUUUGUUCCUUCUGCCUCAUUCAAUCUCAAACCUCCACCUAUUGAUCGUCACAAAUCAUUUGAUGAAGAUGAAUUUUCAAAGAAGCCCGAUAUUGUAAAGAAAACUGUAACAGCUCCUGCAAAUGUAACAUUAUAUUCUGUAGCAGAUCUACAGAUUGCUACUGGCAGCUUCAGUAUGGAUCACCUUCUUGGUGAGGGAUCUUUUGGGCGUGUUUACCGUGCUCAAUUUGAUGGUGGAGAGGUUCUUGCCGUGAAGAAGAUAGAUUCAUCUGUCCUUCCUAAUGAUAUGUCUGAAGAUUUUAUUGAAGUCGUUUCAAAUAUCUCCCAGCUGCACCAUCCCAAUGUAACAGAGCUCAUUGGUUAUUGUUCAGAGCAUGGACAACAUCUUCUGGUCUAUGAGUUUCAUAAAAGUGGAUCAUUGCAUGACUUCCUUCACUUGCCAGAUGAACAUAUCAAACCAUUAAUAUGGAACUCCCGUGUCAAGAUUGCUUUGGGAACUGCACGUGCUUUGGAGUACCUGCAUGAAGUUUGUUCACCAUCAGUUGUUCAUAAAAAUGUUAAAUCAACCAACAUAUUGCUUGAUACGGAGCUUAAUCCUCAUCUUUCUGACAGUGGAUUGGCAAGCUAUAUUCCAAAUGCCGACCAGGUAUUAAACCAUAAUGCUGGAUCGGGAUAUGAGGCACCUGAAGUUGGCCUGUCUGGUCAGUAUACUCUGAAGAGUGAUGUCUACAGCUUUGGAGUUGUCAUGUUGGAGCUCCUUAGUGGACGGAAACCAUUUGAUAGCUCAAGGCCGAGGUUGGAGCAGUCUCUAGUUCGAUGGGCAACUCCACAACUUCAUGAUAUUGAUGCACUGACUAAAAUGGUUGAUCCUGCACUGGAAGGUCUUUACCCUGUUAAGUCUCUUUCCAGGUUUGCUGAUGUUAUCGCUCUCUGCGUUCAGCCGGAGCCUGAAUUCCGACCACCGAUGUCAGAAGUGGUUCAGGCAUUGGUCCGAUUGGUGCAACGUGCAAACAUGAGCAGGCGAACAACAUUUGGAUCCUCGGACGGAGGAUCCCAACGAGGAGAUAACCCAGAAGCACAAGAAAUGUAAAUUGGAAAGAAUGGCUUGUGUCAGAAAACGGCAUCGUAGGAAAAGUGGUUGGAAUUUUUCUGUUAUUUAUUUAUAAUCCUUAGCAGUACUCUCCGGCGGAAUGAUUGCCCUUUGAUUAACCAGUUAGACAAUUACUGCUAAUGUGGAUUUAGAUCUUAAGCAGUAAUGCACAAUGUAUUUAACCGAACAUCGUAACCCAAAAUAGCGGCGGUGAGCAUGGGGUCCGCUUUCUUUUCA